AUGCUAUUUCCUCCACCACCACCACCAGCAGUAAAUCAAGAACGUCAUCGAACAGCAUUACUAUCACCAGUCUUCUUUGCUCAUUACGAGAUCUCGUUACUAAUUUUUGCUUGUUAUGCAAUCAUAUCACUCAUCUUCUUUGCUUGUUACACAAUUAUAUUACUAGUUUGCUCAUUACACGAUCUUGCUACUAGUCUUUGUUCAUUAUGUGAUCGUGUUACUAGUCUUCUUUACUCAUUACGUAUUCGUAUUAUUAGUCUUUGCUCAUUAUGCGAUCUUGCUACUAGUCUUUUUCAUUUAUUAAUUGGGCUAUUCCGUGA